AUGUAUUUCUAUUAUUUUCUUGUUUUUCUUGCCAUAAACUUUUUGUCCAGCGCAAUCUUGCGCAUUUUUAUGUAUUCUACAUUAGUAUUUUGGAUAAUAUUUAAAAAUGUUAAAUACUACAAAAGCCUUCCACCUGGGCCAUGGGGAUUACCGCUGCUGGGAAUACUGCCUUUCCUGAACCGCAGACCUCCUCAUCUGGUGUACUUAAAUAUGGCUAAGAAGUAUGGAGAUGUAUUCUCCGUGCAGAUGGGCAGCAACCUAACCGUAUGCCUUGGUUCUACGAAACUAAUGAAGGAGUUCUUUAGUAGGAACGACUCCACCGGCCGACCUCACACUCCUUUGAACAACCUCUUGGGCGGACUUGGUGUUAUCACAAGUGAAGGUUCUCUAUGGAAAAGACAGCGCGUGUUCCUCCACGAGAAAUUCCGCGCUCUCGGUGUCAAGCUCUGGCCCAACACACGUUUCGAAAGAGACAUAAAUGUUGAAAUCGAUGAGUUGAUGAUGGAACUGAACCGAUCGGAGGGAAAAUCUGUAAACCCAGCCCAUGUACUUGGAAGACAUAUUCAUAACGUCAUAUGCCAGCUCAUGAUGAGCUUCCGUUUCACGGCUGAUGAUGCAGAGUUCAAGUUAUUUAAUGAAAAGGUCUCCCGUGGUAUGAGACUGUUCGGCCUAGUACUCAUCGGUGAACACGUUAAGGCCUACUUGAAACUGCCAGGAAAAAUGGCUGUCAUAAACGAAAUCAAAAAGAAUUUGGCCGAUGUGAGUAAUUUUCACAAGGAGCACAUUGUCGCGAGGAUCCAACAACGUGAACAGUCCUCGGAGCCCCGCCAGCCAGCCGACUUGCUGGACUUUUAUCUUGACCACCUCGAAGCUGAAAAACAGUUAAUGACCAAAAACGAAAAGCAUAACAUAUUCCCUGAUGUUGAACCAGUACAACAAAUCGUACAGAUCAUGAAUGAUCUGUUUUCUGCGGGAAUGGAGACGUCUCUGACAUCAUUAUUAUGGACCUGCAUCAUGAUGAUGAAGCACCCUGAAGUUGCAGAAAAGGUGCGAGCUGACUUGAGAGAAGUCGUAGCACCUGGUGAGCGAGUGACUAUGGCUCACCGCUUGCAACUGCCAUAUAUCGAAGCUGUGCUUAUCGAAACAAUGAGGAUGGUGUCAAUCGUGCCGUUAGGAACGACGCACGUCAAUACUGCGGAAUGGAAAAUUGGCAAUUACACGAUCCCAGCAGGUACUCACAUUGUACCGUUGAUCCACCGCAUGAAUAUGGACCCCGACAUUUAUAUGGAGCCCGAACAGUUCAGACCAGAGAGGUUUAUUCGGGACGGAAAAUUUGUUAUCACAGACACAUUUAUGCAAUUUGGGAUAGGACAGCGCAUGUGCAUAGGCAACCUUCUAGCAAGAAUGGAACUGUUUCUUUUUUUCUCUAAUAUAAUGAAUAAUUUUGAAUUCCGCAUGCCAGAAGGAGAAGAUAUUCCAGGUUUUGAUGGAAUUCUAGGUGCCACACAUGCGCCCUUGCCAUUUAAAUUAGUCUUUAAGAAACUGGAGGCCUAA